AUGGCCCAGCAGCGCCGUGUCCAGCUGUCCGUCCAGCACCCCACCAGCACCGUGUGCGUGCUGGGCACGGAGCUCUCCCUGGAUAUCCGAUGCUCCGCUCCCAAGGACGCCGUGGCCUUCCACGUGCAGGGCACGGCGGGGGUGAAGCUCUACGUGGUCCACGACUCCCAGAGCACCAAACUGCCCUCCAGCGUGUGCCGCUGGCCCCUGGACACCCACGAGGUGCAGGUGGCCAUGGACACCGUCAGCAAGGACGUGGGGGACGAGAAGGUCAGGAUCUCCUACUUCGGGGAGGACGGAGCAGUCCCCGUGGGCAGGGCGACCGUGUACCUCACCUGCGACAAGUGGACGUGGGGUCCUGAUGGACACGGGGCCAUCCUGCUGGUCAACUGUGACCGCGACGAUCCCAAGGCCGAGACCCCGGAUAACCGGGACACGGAAAUCCGCUCCUACGACGACCUGAAGGACAUGUCUCAGAUGGUGCUGAGGACACGAGGGCCCCGCACCAUCUUUGCCACCCACCGGCUGCUCCUGCACGUGGAUUUCAGCGACGCCGACAAAGUCGGAGUUUUCUAUGGCGGCAACAGUGUGGAGCUGGAGGAGUACAAGCACGUGCUGGGGCGCUCCAAACUCUCCUACACCGUCAAACCCAGCCGGCACCAGGAGGAAAGUGUCUUCUACGUGGAGGGACUCGCCUUCCCUGACACCAACUUCUCCGGCCGGGUGGCUUUCCAUGUCACGCUGCUGGAGAGCCCUGAGAAGGAUCUGCUGGAGACCCCCAUCUUCACCGACACCGUGGUUUUCCGCGUGGCCCCGUGGAUCAUGACCCCCAACACUCUGGCGCCGCUGGAGGUCUUUGUCUGCAGCACGGGUGACAACGAGGGUUUUGUGGAGGCCGUGAGGGCCGUGGCUGAGAAGGCCCAGUGCCCGCUCACCGUGUGCCCGCUGGUCGAGAACCGCCAGGACCGCUGGAUCCAGGACGAGGUCGAGUUUGGCUACGUUCAAGCCCCCCACAAGACCUUCCCUGUUGUCUUUGACUCUCCCCGGGACAGGGAGCUGAAGGAUUUCCCCAUCAAGAGGAUCCUGGGCCCUGAUUUUGGCUACGUGGCCCGACAAGCUCCCGAGGGAACUACCAGCCUCGAUUCCUUUGGGAAUUUGGAGGUGAGCCCCCCUGUGAAGGUGCGGGGCAAGGAGUACCCCCUGGGCCGCAUCCUGGUCGGGAGCAGCUUCCCCAGGUACGGCGGCCGGCGCAUGGCGAGGGCCGUCAAGGAUUUCCUCGUCGCCCAGAAGGUGCAGGCGCCCGUGGAGCUGUACUCAGACUGGCUCGUUGUCGGCCACGUGGAUGAGUUCCUCAGCUUUGUCCCCGCUCCUGACAGGAAGGGAUUCCGGCUGCUCCUGGCCAGUCCCAGCGCCUGCUACCAGCUCCUCAAGAAGAAGCAAGAGGAGGGAUAUGGAGAGGCUGUGAUGUUCCAGGGGCUGGAGGAGGUGCCCAAGCUGACGAUAAACGAGAUUCUGGCUGACGAAGGGCUCCGGAAAUUCAAUUCUUACGCCCAGCGCUGCAUCAGCUGGAACAGGGAUGUGCUGAAG